AUGGGGCAGAUGCUGAGAAACAUCUUGGUGAAGGUUGUGAUGCAAAGGGAUCUGGUCUCUGAUUUGCUCUCAGUCCCUGUACAGGGAAUCAAGAAGCUCUCUAGAAUCCUUAUAAGCCUCACUGGGUUACCAGCCUUCAGGCCAGCUCCUCAUGAUUUAAAGGACAAACAAGCGUCCUGGCAUCAUCAAAAGAGCUCUUCACCUGCAGAGAGAAGGAUGGAAGAAAGGGACACCAGUGGAGGCAUUCCAAGCCUGAAUCCAGCUAUCCCAGCAUGGGGGACAACACUCGCACCAAUCGCAAGAGCAAGUCCAUAUGAUGAUGGAGCUUUUUAUGCAGAGCGGGUGAUCCUAAGCGCACUGAUCAUCACCAUUGCCAUUGUUGGGCUGGCAGGAAACGCGGCUGUGCUCUGGCUCCUGGGCUUCCGCGUGCGCAGAAACGCCUUCACUGUCUACGUCUUCAACCUUGCCGGGGCCGACUUCCUCCUGCUCAGCUGCAUCCUCAUAGAUUUCCUGAUUUUUGCCAUCCAUUAUUUCCAUCUUUCCACCUUCUCCUUCUAUAUAACAAAUUUACUAUUAUUCAUGACAUUCUUCCCCUACAUCGAGGGCCUGAGCAUGCUCAGUGCCAUCAGCACCGAGCGCUGCCUGUCUGUCCUGUGGCCCAUCUGGUACCGCUGCCACCGCCCCAGACACCUGUCAGCUGUCAUGUGCACUCUGCUCUGGGCCCUGAGUCUGGUACUGAGCAUGUUGAAUGGGAAAUACUGUUUAUACUGGGGUAACUCUUCUGACUAUUUUAAGUGUAUGAAAAUUGAUUUCACCAUGGCCUCCUGGCUGAUUUUCUUACUUGUGGUUCUCUUGGGGUCCAGCCUGGCUCUGCUGCUCAAGAUCCUCUGUGGCUCCCACCGGGUGCCACUGACCAGGCUGUAUGUGACCGUCCUGCUCACAGUGCUGGUCUUCCUGCUCUGCGGCCUGCCCUACGGCUUCUUCUUCUUCCUGGUAACCUGGAUUGAGCAUUUUAAUUAUAAAUCCUUCAACCGUACGUACCUGGUUAUGACUCUUCUCUCCAGUGUUAACAGCUGCGCCAACCCCAUCAUUUACUUCUUCGUGGGCUCCUUUCGGCAGCGCCAGAGGCAGCCCCUCACAGAGGUUCUCCAGAGGGCUCUGCAGGGCAGUCCUGAGGACCAGGAAUGA